AUGGCAUGCAAUUCUCAGAUGAAUGUUUCCUUUCAUGGAAGCAACAUAGGAAUGCUUCCUUCUAGUGGUACAAAACAUCACAAUAUUACCUUCGAUGCCCAAUUAUCGUGUACUAAAGUCUGUGCUUCAUUAGUCACUCAAAAGUCCAGAGUUGUUGCGGAUGAUUCAUCGUCUAGUACUAUGUUUAAACUGGACAUGGAAUCUGUAAUACGAAAUUUGUCACUACUAGUCAGUGAUGAUCAAGUUGAUGCUGGAAGAUCAUCAGCUUCUUCUGGAACCGGUAAAUUUGGUCAGUUUGGUGGGAAGUUCGUUCCUGAGACCCUAAUGACUUCUUUGAGCAUGCUUGAAGCAGAAUUCAAUUUGGCUCUAUGUGACACUUAUUUUCAGGAAGAACUAGAAACAGCAUUAAGGGAUUAUGUAGGCCGAGAGACACCCCUGUAUCACGCCAAGAGACUAAGUGAUCGUUACAAAAACAGUGAAGGAAAAGGGCCGGAAAUCUAUCUGAAAAGGGAGGAUUUAGUCCACACCGGAGCUCACAAGAUUAACAAUGCCAUCGCACAAGCGAUGCUCGCGAAACGCAUAGGCCGGAAGAGCGUGGUGUCGGCAACCGGAGCCGGCCACCACGGUGUUGCUACCGCGGCUGCAUGUGCAAAACUCGAUCUAGAAUGUACCGUAUUCAUGGGGGUCCAAGACAUAGAAAGGCAGUGGUCCAAUGUGCUCUUGAUGAACAACCUUGGUGCCCAGGUUAAAGCAGUUGAUGGUAACUUCAAGGAUGCGAUGUCAGAAGCAAUUCGGAACUGGGUUAGAAACUUGGACACCAGUUAUUUCUUGGCUGGCACAGCUGUUGGGCCUCAUCCAAUCCCCACAAUUGUUCGUCAUUUCCAGUCAAUAAUUGGGAAGGAAACAAGAAGACAAGCCCAAGAAAAGUGGGGUGGGAAUCCCGAUGUACUAUUGGCCUGUGUUGGCAGUGGAUCAAAUGCGCUUGGGCUCUUCCAUGAAUUCGUUAAAGAUGAAGAUGUGAGAUUGAUAGGGAUCGAAGGAGCUGGAUUGGGCUUAGAUUCAGGCUCACAUUCAGCGACUUUGAGUAAAGGUGAUGUGGGAGUUUAUCAUGGCACGAUGAGUUAUCUGUUGCAGGAUGAUGAAGGUCAAAUCAUCGGACCUAGCUCCAUUGGUGUCGGGUGAGUACAAAUUUACACCACUUUCUACCGUGUACUACUGCCUCCGGCCUUGUAAUCAUUUUGACUUUUUUUAGGUUUUAUUUAAUACGUAUUUUUAAUAUUUUUUUAUCAAUUAAACAUUGGUAUUAUAUAAAAUUUAGAAUAAAUCAAAAUAUCUUAUAUUAAAAAUCGAAUAAAGUAUUAUUUAUUUUCUUCUGUCCAUAUUAAGUUUUGAAAUUUUUUCAAUACAGGUUAUAUGUAGGACGGGUCAAAUGGUAUUUAAAUAAAAGUAUUCUAAUAUUCAAAUGUUAAACGUGCAGGUUGGAGUAUCCAGGAGUUAGUCCAGAAUUGAGCUUUCUAAAAGAAUCAGGACGUGUUGAACUUCAUGCAAUUACAGAUGAUGAAGCUCUAAACGGUAAAUAUUUCUACUAGUCAUUUGUUUUUCUUUUGAAUUUUCAAUAAAUAAAAAUUGAGCCAAUCAAAUUGAAUUUCUUACCGAAGUUGAACUGUUUAUACUGUAGUGAUCAUGCUAAUCAACGUUUAUUUUUUUUAUUUUUUUUUUUUAAAUUUUUGCAGCUUAUGAAAGGCUAUGUCGAUUGGAAGGGAUAGUCCCGGCUUUAGAAGCCUCUCAUGCACUUGCUUAUUUAGAAAAGCUUUGCCCUAAUUUACCAAAUGGUACCAGAGUUGUUGUUAAUUGUAGUGGACGUGGAGAUAAAGAUGCUGUCAGAGUCUUCAGGCAUCAUCAAGAAAAGAUUGAUCAUCAGAUGAUAGAUGCAGUUUUUCAGAGGGUUUAACUAAUUCUCAAAUUCUUAGUGUUGUAAUUGGGAGUCAAAAUAAAUAUUGUACUCCCUCCGUCCCAUAAUUAUUGUCCACUUUGCCCAAAAAAUUUUGUCCCAAAAUUAUUGUCCAAUUUGACUUUUUAUGGAUCAA